GCGCCCUCCCCGGCGGCGCCCGGGGCCCGGGUCCACGCCGAGGGCGGCACAAACUUGCCCAGGUAGUUCUUCCUGCAGGAUGAAUUAAGAGAAGGGGACACUUACUCAUCAGGAAUGGAGAGCGGUUUGUCAGUUUCCAAUAUGCAAGACCCUUCGUCUUCACCCUUGGAAAAGCAUCUUGGGUCAGCAAACAGAAAUGGAGACCUUGAUUCAGAGGAAGGUUCCAGCUUGGAGGAAAUCGGCUUCAACUGGGGAGAAUAUUUGGAAGAAACAGGUGCCAGUGCUGCGCCUCACACGUCGUUCAAACACGUCGAAAUCAGCAUUCAAAGCAACUUCCAGCCGGGGAUGAAGUUGGAGGUGGCGAACAAGAACAACCCGGACACGUACUGGGUGGCCACCAUCAUCACCACGUGUGGGCAGCUGCUGCUCCUGCGCUACUGUGGUUACGGGGAGGACCGCAGGGCCGACUUCUGGUGCGACGUGGUCAUAGCGGAUUUGCACCCCGUGGGGUGGUGCACGCAGAACAACAAGGUGUUAAUGCCGCCGGACGCAAUCAAAGAGAAGUACACGGACUGGACAGAAUUUCUCAUACGUGAUUUGACUGGUUCGAGGACAGCCCCUGCGAACUUGCUGGAAGGUCCUCUGCGAGGGAAAGGCCCUAUAGACCUCAUUACAGUUGAUUCCUUAAUAGAACUUCAGGAUUCUCAGAGCCCUUUUCAGUACUGGAUAGUUAGUGUGAUUGAAAAUGUUGGAGGAAGAUUACGCCUUCGCUAUGUGGGAUUGGAGGACACUGAAUCCUAUGACCAGUGGUUGUUUUACUUGGAUUACAGACUUCGACCAGUUGGUUGGUGUCAAGAGAAUAAAUACAGAAUGGACCCACCUUCAGAAAUCUAUCCUUUGAAGAUGGCCUCUGAAUGGAAAUGUGCUCUGGAAAAAUCCCUUAUUGACGCUGCGAAAUUUCCUCUUCCAAUGGAAGUGUUCAAGGAUCACGCAGAUUUGCGAAGCCAUUUCUUCACAGUUGGGAUGAAGCUGGAAACCGUGAACAUGAGCGAGCCCUUUCACAUCUGUCCUGCAUCAGUGACCAAGGUUUUUAGCAAUCAUUUUUUUCAAGUGACUAUUGACGACCUACGACCAGAACCUAGUAAACUGUCAAUGCUCUGCCAUGCGGAUUCUUUGGGGAUUUUGCCAGUACAGUGGUGCCUUAAAAACGGAGUCAGUCUCACCCCUCCCAAAGGUUACUCUGGCCAGGACUUCGACUGGGCGGAUUAUCACAAGCAGCAUGGGGCGGAAGAAGCACCUCCGUUCUGCUUCAGAAAUACAUCAUUCAGCCGAGGUUUCACAAAGAACAUGAAACUUGAAGCUGUGAAUCCCAGGAAUCCAGGAGAGCUCUGCGUGGCCUCUGUUGUCAGUGUGAAGGGGAGGUUGAUGUGGCUUCACCUGGAAGGGCUGCAGACUCCCGGUCCAGAGGUCAUUGUCGACGUCGAGUCCAUGGACAUCUUCCCCGUGGGCUGGUGCGAAGCAAAUUCUUACCCCUUGACGACGCCGCACAAAACAGCCUCACAAAAGAAGAGGAAGAUUGCAGUUGUGCAACCAGAAAAACAGUGCUCACCCUCCUUACCCGUACCUAAAAUCUCUCCNNGGCUUUGCUAUUCUUCCCCUGCAGGAACCGUCCAUGGGAAAUACUGCUGCCCUCAGCUCUUCAUCAACCACAGGUGUUUCUCGGGCCCUUACCUGAACAAAGGGAGGAUCGCAGAGCUGCCCCAGUCAGUGGGACCUGGCAAAUGUGUGCUGGUUCUCAAAGAGGUAAAUCGCACGCGCACGGCCACACACGUGCAGCCCGCACGUAGGAGGUACCGAGGCAAAACGUACAGGGCUGUGGUUAAGAUCGUACGGACGUCUGACCAGGUAGCCAAUUUCUGCCGCCGGGUCUGUGCCAAGCUGGAAUGCUGUCCCAAUUUGUUCAGUCCUGUGCUGGUUUCUGAAAACUGCCCAGAGAACUGCUCCAUCCAUACCAAGACCAAAUACACCUACUACUACGGAAAGAGGAAGAAGAUCACCAAGCCCCCAAUUGGGGAAAGCAACGUCGAAAGCGGACACCCCAAGCCGGCCAGGCGGAGGAAGCGGCGGAAGUCCAUCUUUGUGCAGAAGAAACGGAGAUCUUCGGCCGUGGACUUCGCCGCAGGCUCGGGGGAGGAAAGUGAAGAAGAGGACGCAGACGCCAUGGACGAUGACACCGCGAGCGAGGAGACCGGCUCCGAGCUCCGGGAUGACCAGACGGACACCUCGUCCGCGGAGGUGCCCUCGGCCCGGCCCCGCAGGGCCGUCACCCUGAGGAGCAGCUCGGAGCCCGCGCGCCGGCCGCCCGUGGAGAGGGCACGCAGGGGCCGCAGAGCGCCGGCCGCCUCCCCUGCGGAGGAGGGAGACAAGGGCCCGCCCGCCAAGCCCGAGGGCGCAGAGGAAACGAAACAGGAGGAGGAGGAGAGACUCGUGCUGGAGAGCAACCCCUUAGAGUGGACGGUCACCGACGUGGUGCGGUUCAUUAAGCUGACGGACUGCGCCCCCUUGGCCAAGAUUUUUCAGGAGCAGGACAUCGACGGCCAGGCCCUGCUGCUGCUCACCCUCCCGACGGUGCAGGAGUGCAUGGAGCUGAAGCUGGGGCCGGCCAUCAAGCUGUGCCACCAGAUCGAGAGAGUCAAGGUGGCUUUCUACACCCAGUACGCCAACUGACCUCUCGGGAGGCACCCGUUGUCGCUGCGAUGCAGAGUUUGUGACGGUUUCCAGGACCGGAGCUUUGACCCUCCGGGAUACGUGAAAUGGUUGGUACCCACACAAAGUACCGCCAAAAAGCCAGGGCCCGGGGCCUCCUUCCUCCACCAGCCUGAGAGUUCCGUGUUUCAGAGCACACCAAAGGACCACAGCCACGGCUCCAGGGAGAGCAAAUGGGAGUUCUGCGUCGGCCCCCGCCAGGAUGCGCACGAGCUGCCCUGUGCAUCCACACUUCGCCUUUCUCUCGCCCAAACCAGGCAGCGCCCUCCGAAUGACGUUUCCUAAACAGAGACCUUUAUUCUUUGAAAACAAGAGUGUGACGGGGAAGACACCUAACCCCCCGCCAGCGGCGUUUGCUGCGGUCCCUCUCAGGCACACCGAGAGAUGCUCUUUCCUGCCCCGCAUCUGUCUCUGGCUGAGCCGCACACGCCGUCACCGCAGUUUGAUCUUGGCGGCACCUCCUUGCUCCAACACAGCUGCAGGUGAUGUUUCGGGACGUCGCUAUCAAAAGGUGUGCUAACGCUCCGUCCCCGUCAGGGGUGCCUUUUAGGAAGUGUGGGGAGCGAGGGAAGGCGGCGUCUCGUUGCACUGGGAUGGUUUUCCUGGAGGGAUGGAAGCCUCGUGCAGAGACAAGCUCUAUGCGCAGUCUUUUGUGGAACCUCGGCUGUCUCCAGUGUUCUGAUUUAAUCGUAGUCAGAUCAGGGAGUGAAUCCUUUAGGAAAGCUUUGAGUUUAUAUACUGAAGGAAAACCUUCAUUUCAGAGAGCAGGAACGGGAAGAGAUUUGGGGGAAGUGUUUCGUGAACUGGCUCCAUCCCGUAGCAGGAUCAUCGCAGCAGACCACUGCGAGAGCCCCUCUGAGCAGCCCUUAGUUCCACGUGGCUCGCCGCGUAUACAGGAGGCGUCACAGUGAGCACCGGAUGUGGCAUCAGCCACUUCUCAUCCUGGCUUUGCUCAUGUACCGACUAGCGCUGUGAUCCUGGGUAACUCCUCAUCACUCUGGGCCUCGGGUCCUGAGAAACGCCAAGUGUGCACACCAGGAGGGUCGCCGCGAGCACACCGUCUCCCCGUCGCCCGCACCCCGCCCGCGCUGGAGGGGAAGAGCCAGAUUGGCCAAGAUGAGAAAAAGAAAGAAAAAGAUGUGUGCGGCGACCGCUUUACCCCUGCAAGCCCUGCAGCUCACUCUGGCUUUGAGGUUGUUGAUGAAAUUUCUCGGGCGGCUUCGUUAAAUCCGCCAAGUCACAUGCAGGAACCCGAGGCUCCGAGAACCGGCCGCCUCGUGUGCUGGACGUCAUCUGCGUGCUCCCAUGAGCAAUUCGAUGCAUCGGUUCAAACCGGUGGACUGUGAUUUUCUGACGCAGUGGUUGCCUAAAUACCUUUUUAAACGUAUGCAAGGAAACCAAACCUUCACGUGGUUCCACGGUGGCCGCUGGGAGCAGAGGCUUCAUGCCUUCCUGCUGCCUUUCUACGUAAUGACCUUGAGCUCCUCUCUUUGCCUGGAGUCUCGACAGUUCCCAGAAGGUCAUGGGGCGGGCUCCUUGGCUGCUUGCAUUUUCUGCGACAUUUUAAGGCAUGAUCGUCUGUCGGAUUUUGAAAACUUGGCUAAUGCUGACUUUUCUUAACAUUCCAUAGCAGUGACCAAUGAAAAAUGGAAAGCUGAUAUUUUGUGGUUGAGGCUUUUUUGUCUCCCCUGCAGCUGGUUUCUGAAGUCAGGUGUUAAAGUUUGGGGGACGGGUCUGCCUGGGGACCCCACACGGGCGGACCGUGCCCCGCACGGAAACAUCCCUGGGAUUCGUGCCAGCUUGGGUGGGCGGACUCCCUCCUAAGCGCAACUUCGGCCCUCUCCUCGGUUUCACACGCCUGCCUUCUCCGCCACACGCUGUUGGCCUUAAACACUCAGCCCAGUGGAGGGAAACCGUGUCGCACGGUUGGAAAGGGCGUCCGUUUCAAGGUCUUUGGCAUUUUCCCCGCUCGGGCUCCUUCGUGAUCUUCACUGUGGCCUUUUCAAGCUGAGCCGUUUCCGUGGCAUCCGAGACGGGGACGAGGGACCGUGAUGGCCCCAGCAUAGCGUGUCCUUUCAGCAGGAACGUCACUUCUCUUGCCCUUUCUAGGAACGGCAAGGAGGAGGAGGUGCUGCAUCCGAGUGGGGAGAGCAUCUGGGGGCCCUGGAGCCUGGCCAGAGAGCGGAGGGCGGCCCGCCAGGAGGCCCAGACGGCGUGCGGCCACCUUUGCUGGGGAGAGACUCUCUCUGUCCUCAACCCUGUGUCUCACUGCAUUCCCCCUCCGCGUGGUCGCAGGCACUCCGUCAGCACUGGCUCUGCGUGCGCCUGGCCAGGAGGAGAAGGCCGUGACCCAGGCAGGAGAGGGCCCAGCCGGGGCCGUCAUCACAGACGUCACCUACGUGCCAUCUCUCCGGGCCAUGGGGAGAGCCCAGAGCCAUUUCAGGACCAAGGAGGUGCUUUGCCUCCAACUGUGUCCUCCGGAUCUGGGAUUCUUCGGGCAUUUCCCGCAGAGUGGGUGUGCUGCUUCCCGUCAACAGCGGUUCUGCUGCGGAAUUGCGGCGUGGUUUUCAGUGCGCUGUAGGAUGCACCUCUCGCCAGCUUAAAGAUAGGGCCAAUUUUCCAGGAACGUUUUGCUGUGUUGUGUCCUCGUUGCUUAUGGCAGGAAAACUGGAUUUGACACGUGUUACCCCAGUAACACCACAGCCCCUAAGCCAAAAAUGUCUUGGCCUAAACGCCAACCAGUGGUGCCCCCCAUCCCCUCCCUGGAUGGCACCAUUUCUUCUGUGUCUCUCUUUGACCAUCCUUUGGGACCAAAGCCCUCUCCUUGGUGCCCCUGGGCCUGUGCACUUCGUGCCGCGCUUUACCUCCCGGGACCCGCCCCGCGGGCACCCUGCAGUCUGUGCCGCGUGUGCCCCAAGCAACAGAAACGCCGCCUCAACUUUAAUAAUAAGAGCCUGUCGCUCAACCUGCCCUUAAACUAACGGAGCUUCUUUCAGCCCCCAGCUCCUCGACUGCAUUUGUACUGUGUCGUGAAAGUAUCCGGCCCGUAAAAACACAAACACAACAACCUAAAAAGAACAGGGUACAGCUAACAUUUCAGAACUUCUUUGCUUUUCACAAACAAAACACAGAGCUCCCUAGCAUGGAGAACUCCUCUGUCACCUUUCAAAUUGGAUUCAUUUGAUCAAAGUUUGAGUCACAUGCAGUAUUUGAGCUGUACAGCUACUAGGUCCCUCUGCCUUAUUUGAUCAUAUUUGAAAGAUUAAUUCCUGGCUUCGCUUUGAUUUUCUCCUCAGCAAAUUAAAAUGAUCCAAACCUUUAGCACUGCCGCCUCUAACCCUUAUUACAAUCUCCGAAGGGUUUAUUUUGAUCAGCCUUUUAAAGAUUGGCCUCAUUUCCCUAAUUUAUCUCAUAGAAUUUCGAGUGUUGUGUUAGGUUCUGGAAUUCGCCUUCUAUCUUAUGCCAAACGCUCCUUUCUAAGAGCUGUUCACCCUUAGUUUUAGAAGCACUGGGGAUUUUCAUACCUUUUUUGUAGAACACCCAUCUGUAUUUAUUUCUGUACAUAGAACUACAACACAAAACAGCAGUGUUAAAAUCUUCAUUGUGGUUUGAGCAUCGGUGCUGCUUUGGGGUUGAGAUGGUGAAUCUAGACUUCACCGACUCUGUUUUCUGUCUGUAGAAAACUGUGAUCAAGCGUGCAAUUAUUUGAAAGGAAAAAUAGUAAAUUAAGAUAUAUUUAGUUUUAAAGAAAGACAUCGUUGGAGAGAUGUCCACACUGCCAUGUCUCUUUGGUGCAAUAAUUAAGUAGCAAGGGAAAGCGACAUUGCCAACUAUUGCAAUCUGAUGAUUCUCUUAUUCGUUUCUGUUCAACAGUUUUCUGAAAAUGUUUUACUCCCUUUAACUUAGUUGAAUUUUUAAGCUGAUUGAUUCUCAUAGCUUUUAUCACUGAGUGGUCUACAGAUACUCACAACCUGAGAUGAUAAAAUGGAAUUGUACUAUUUUUGACCCCAUUUAAUUUACCCAAAAACUGUAAUUGCUGACACGUAGUGCAGCCUUGGAUUUUCGUUCAGAGCCUCUCUAAAUUCAGAUGAUAAAUAACAAACAGUUUCCUGCACUGAAGUCUUUGCACGUCAGUGGUUGUGUUAAAUGCAAAGGACCCAGUGACCAUGUAGGUCACAUCAGCUAAAAAGGGCCAGGGCAGUGCUCCGGGGGGCUGAAGAGAUACAUUGAAGAAAAAGGAAAGUUCUAGGACAAUCAUUUGCUAAAAAUCACCUUAAGAUGGAAAAUUCGAGGCAAUUUUUUAAAUGACGGAAAAAAUAAUCAUCUCACUUGCUCAGAGUGGGAGCCAGCAUGGUAUCUAGAAGCGUAAACUUCCCUCAUCGUGGACGUCGGAAGCCCUCUGACUGUUUUGCAUUCCAGUUCGAAUAGUUUGUAUUGAAAUUGGGUUCCUGUCUUGUGUAUGUUUCGGUGCAUAA